AUGGGAAUUCUAAUCGAUUCCCGCCAGUUCGAAGUGGUUUUCAUAUCUUUUUCUCGUUUUAAAAGAAACCUUUUCAAUUUUCAGGCAAUGGACCGAGAAUCUGAUUCUGACGACGAUGGGAGCAGAAAAGAAAGUGAGAACUUUUGGAACUGUUGCUUUGAUAAAUUAUUAAUUUUUCCAGAUAUUCUCGAUGUAUACGACGAUGAAAUGACUGAUCAUUUGGACGGCGGAGAUUCGCUGCCGGACCAUCAAGAACACAUUGACGGCCGAGUUAGUGUUUCCAUUCGAUUUCCUAAAAAAAAUUUCUAUUAUCAGUUAAUCAUUCCGCCUUGUGCUAAAAGGCAAAGACGGGAAACUUCGUCCGAGGAAUCGAUGAACGAUGACGAUGGCUAUGGAGAAGCUGAGCAAUGUUUGCUAAUUCUCCUUUCAAUUUCAUAAGCUCCUCUGUUUUCAGCUGGAAAUCCUUUGUCGAGUGUUGACAAGCUGAUUAACGUCGGAAUCGAAUAUCAGGCAGAAUUGGAUGAAUUCGAGGAACCGAAAAAUCGUCGAACUUAUGUUAAAGACCGAGACCAAAUGAUCUGGGAAAACCCGAAGGAAAUUGAUGGGAAUUGUCUCGAAUCAUACGUCAGCGAGUCAGUUGGCCGGUUCAAACUGCCCAUCGACCGGGUACGGUCCACUACCAAUCGGAAUAUGCCGCAAACUCAUGUUUUUAGGCGCUUUACAUCCUCAGAAACUGUGAAUAUGAUUCUACCCUGGCUCGACAGGAAGUUGCCAGCAGAAGACGGCUCCAAGAUAAUUGGACGGAAGAGGAGAAGACUCUCUUCGCUCUGUGCAUUUCCAAAUUCGGCAAGAGGUUCAAGAAAAUUCGCGCAGCGGUGAGCUUCAUCUUUGUUUUUCUUGUUAAAUCCCUCUGCCUCAGUUGCCGCAUCGAUCGAUUGCUUCUAUCGUGAAGUUCUAUUACGAUACGAAGCAACACAUUAACUACAAAAUGAACAUUGAAGUGAAAGUGAAUGAGCCGGAUUUAUACGACAAACUAUUCAACGAUAUCGAUUCGCGCAAUAUUCGUCCGGCCGGAUUGUGCGAGAAUUGUGGCGAGAAGAACCCGGUGCUGAUUGUGAGUUAGCCCCGCCCGCCUGCCACCCAAUUACAAACUUAUCUCUUUUUCAGCACAACGAAACAAUGCAACGGUACGAGUGCAAGACCUGCGUUCUUUACUUUGCGUUGAUGCGCAUUCCUCGUCCAUUGCCCACUAAAGACCGAACUUCGGAUGGCAAUGGGACAGUAUCGUGUCCAGAGUGUUCGUUUCUCACUUGGGUCUGCUCAUAAUACUCGUUUUUAGUACUUGCAGAUAUGAAGAAAUACGUUGUCAACUACGUCUGUCUUACGGGGCGUGGAGACGGAGCAGCGAACGAAAGACUCGAAAUCUAUCAAGAGCCGGAGCCAGAAGAUGAUGACUGCAUCAUAAUCGGUACUAAGCAAAAGCAUAAUUUCUGCCUAUUUCCAACUUUUCAGAAGAAUGUGAACUUCUGAAGCCGUCGCCUCAGUUCAUUAACGAACCGCCAGGCGGCUUCGAUCCAUCGGAUCCGAACACUUGCCGCAUGACGAGGCUAUUCGACAACGACAAAAUUGCAGCGCAUACAAGAAAUCGACACUUCCAGUGUCUUCCGAUCAUUUGGAGGGAAAAAGAGUCGAAAUCGAUGGAAGAUAUUCAGUACGACCCUUUUUCACGGGAACGAAAUUUUUAAAUGCGUCCCCUUUUUCAGUGUCCUUAGCAAAGAAUCGAAACGUCUGCUGAUGCUAGCCACCAAUGCGGUCGAUCGACUCGACUCAUUCGACAUGAAAGCGUGGAAGCGUGAGAUGACGUUUUUGAGAGACAGAUGCGACGAGGAACUGAGCACGGACUCGGUAUUGAUAGCAAGCAACCGUUCCGGACGCAUGAGACUCGAUCAGAGCUGGACAUCAGAUGAAAAGAAAGACGUCGUCAGAUGUCCGUUUUCCGGAAGAAUCCCCUCAAAUUCAAAGACAUUUUCAGGCUUCCAUUGGUAUGCGAAGGAUUUCCAAUUGAUUUCCGAACUGCUGGGCACGAAGACUCCCGAACAAGUCGAAGAAUUUUAUGAACAUAAUGAGGAAAUCCUCAAAAUGGUGGGAAUGUUUUAUUUUCAAACACACAACAAUGUUUUCCUUUUCAGUCUUUCGAAGAGUAUUGCGAGGAGGUCAGACAGAAAAUGAAAGAGUUUUUAUGA